AUGGUGCGAAACGGCACGCCUCUUCCCAUCAAGCUCGCCGGCCCGCCUCUGAGCGACCGCGAGGCCAUCGCCGACGCCUGCUACCGCGCGUUCCUGUCCAUCGACCAGUCCAGCGAGGAGCUCCUCAAGUCGAGCGUCACGCCCGACAUCUACACCGACAUCGCCUUCAAGGUCUGCGACGGCUACGACGAGCUCAAGUCCAAGGUGUGGACCAACGUCAGCGACCGGCUCGACACGAUCCACUACCUCAGCAACAUGCGCGUGAGCAUUGACACGGAAACCACGGCGCGCGUUACCUUCAACGCCAUGGCCGUGCACUGCGUCCUCGGCAAGGGCUACGAGCCGGACUCGCAAAAGUUUACCAGCGGCUUACUCUACCACUGCGACGCCGUCAAGGUGGACGACCUUUGGAAGUUGAAGAGGAUGAAGUCUAGCCCGGUUUGGUGCACUGGCGACCGUUCCAUCAUGAAACCAGCCGAGUGA